UGUCAUCUGUCAACAGUGUCAAUAGUUUUAAAAAUUAAAGCUGUCAGUUUGUAUAAGAACAACUGGACAAAAAACUCAUUUUUAACAUAAUUAAAGGUGAAAAAACUUCGAUUUGAGAACCUAAGACCAUGUCUGACGCCGAGGACGAUUUUAUGUGCGAAGAUGAGGAGGAUUAUGGACUGGAAUAUUCAGAGGAUAGUAAUUCAGAACCGGAUGUUGAUCUGGAAAAUCAGUACUACAAUAGCAAAUCUCUGAAGGAAGAAGAACCCAAAGCCGCACUAGCCUCUUUUCAAAAAGUAUUAGACCUAGAAAGUGGGGAGAAGGGGGAGUGGGGCUUUAAAGCCCUCAAACAAAUGAUUAAAAUUAAUUUUAAACUGGGUAAUUUUGAGGAAAUGAUGACGCGCUAUAAGCAAUUACUGACUUAUAUAAAAAGUGCCGUCACAAGAAAUCAUAGCGAAAAAUCAAUCAACUCUAUUUUAGACUACAUCUCAACGUCAAAAAAUAUGGAACUGUUACAAAACUUUUAUGAAACUACUCUAGAAGCUCUCAAGGACGCUAAAAAUGACAGAUUAUGGUUUAAAACAAACACUAAAUUAGGGAAACUUUAUUACGACCGCGGCGAUUUUAACAAACUGGCAAAAAUUUUAAAACAGUUGCAUCAGUCUUGCCAAACUGAUGACGGUGAAGAUGACUUAAAAAAGGGAACGCAACUGUUAGAAAUCUACGCUUUAGAAAUCCAAAUGUACACAGCGCAGAAAAACAAUAAGAAACUGAAAACUUUGUAUGAACAAUCGCUUCAUAUUAAAUCAGCAAUACCUCAUCCACUUAUCAUGGGCGUUAUAAGAGAAUGUGGCGGCAAAAUGCAUCUACGCGAGGACGAGUUUGAAAAAGCUCAUACUGACUUUUUUGAAGCUUUUAAAAACUACGACGAGUCAGGCAGCCCCAGAAGAACCACUUGUUUGAAAUAUCUUGUUCUUGCUAACAUGCUAAUGAAAUCAGGGAUUAACCCGUUUGAUUCUCAGGAAGCUAAACCUUACAAAAAUGAUCCGGAAAUUCUUGCAAUGACAAAUUUAGUAAACGCUUAUCAAACCAAUGAUAUCAAUGAAUUUGAGUCGAUCUUGAAACAGAACAGACAGAAUAUUAUGGAUGAUCCUUUUAUUAGAGAACAUAUUGAAGAUUUGUUACGCAACAUCCGGACCCAAGUUCUGAUUAAGCUAAUUAAACCAUACACUCGGAUUCAGAUUCCUUUUAUUUCAACUGAAUUAAACAUUGAUGUUUCUGAAGUAGAGAAUCUUUUAGUUUCGUGCAUCUUAGAUAAUACUAUUGAAGGGAGAAUUGAUCAAGUAAAUCAAGUUUUAUUCCUUGAACGGGCUGCUGUGAAUAUGGCACGAUACAACGCUCUGGAUAGAUGGACAAAUCAAUUGAACACUCUUCACUUGUCAAUAAUCAACAAAAUGGCUUAACAUUUUGAUUAUUCUUUUCCUACUAACAUGUAAAACAGUGAUAGAACAUUAAUUAAGUCCGUAAAAAAUGUGAUACGUUUACAUGUUAACUAUCACUCCAGAUCUAAACAUAUUUAUUUUAGAAUUUUUUUGUUCUAACGCAUUGUGAAAUUGCGAUUUUUUUGGUAUAAUUCUCUGUAAUCAUGAUGUUAUUAAUUAAAUACUUAUUAAUUCACA